AUGUCAUCACCGUUCGAUGCAGUACCGGCCGACCAGUUCCCGGCAGAAUGGGUGGCGCAAAACAAAGGGCCGUCCAUCUUGGGCGUCUGUAUCACCGUUACGGUCCUCAGUACGCUAUUCGUUAUAAUGCGCCUCUUCACUCGACAGAAGAUCAUGGGAGAGCUACACCUGGACGACUACUUGGUUACUCUCGCCACCUUUUCAGAAUGGGCCAACGUCGCAAUGGCCAUCAUGGCUGUCAAGUCGGGCAACGGUAAACAUUUCGCCCUGCUCACCAAAGACGAGAAGCAAAACGCUAUCUUCUGGACCAUCCUUGGUUUCCCUUUUGGAAUCGUCGCUUUUGGACUCCCGAAGCUGGCCGUCGCCUCACUCUUGGUCCGACUGAUGAAUCCGAACAAAUAUAACAAGAUCGCCCUCUGGGCGGUUUCAAGCCUCUGCUUCGCAACGCUGCUCGGCUGCGUCGUUAUCCUCUAUGCGCAGUGUACGCCAGCCUACUCCCAGUGGAAUUUUGACGUGGCAGGAUCAUGUAUUUCGAAAUGGGUCUUGGUUGAUUAUGCCAUCUUUGCAGGAGGUUUCUCUGCCUUUGUGGAUCUAUAUCUAGCCAUCUAUCCUGCCAGCGUGCUCUGGACACUGCAGAUCAACCUGCGCAAGAAGAUUGCGCUCUGUGUUGCUCUGGGUAUUGGAUCGAUCGCUACAGUCGUUGCCAUCUACAAGUGCACGCGACUACCCUCUCUGGCAGGGGCUGACUUUUCCUUGCUCGCGGAUAUGCCCUCAACCCGAGGUUCCAUCGUUUCUAAUCCUGUGACCGGCAGUGUCGAAUCGAGCACGAUCAUCAUCGCCUGCUGCAUCCCCGUACUCCGACCGUUAGUCGACGUCCUCUUCGGCCGCCGCAUGCUGGGCGGCUCCUCCGCAUACAAAUACCGAUACGGAACAUCCGGUGCCGACCGAUACGGCCAGUCUCACGGAGGAGACGUCGAGCUCUCCAAGGGCAGCCGCCUCGGUGGCCGGAACCCCAACAACAGCCACCUCGUCUCGAACCAUACAAUGGGCUCUCUCGCAGGCGACCCCGAAGUCGAGUCGCAAGAGAGCAUCCUCCCUAAGAAGGGUCACACAAACGGAAGCACGUCGGGAGACCGAAACCACCAGAUCACACGGACAGACGUCGUGACGGUGACGUACAACGAAGCGGACAGCUCGAGUGACCACCCAGUCACCGGCAACGGCUCCCCUGCCUCGGGUCUGGCCACCACAAGCUGGGUUAAAAUUUAA